AAUUUAACCUCCCCUUUUAGCUCUCUACUUACACUGGGCGGUCAAAUUUGCGUUAGAAAAGAACAGGAAAAACCCAAAUCCAAACCCAGACACAAAUCCAAACGAGAAAACAAGAGCAAUGGAAGAAUCGGAGAAAACGGUGGCGCUGAAGAACGCAUACGCGGAGAUCAUACUGAAUACGGCUAAAGAGGCAGCGGCCAGAGUAAUGGCGUCGGAGCAGAAAGCAGUUCGCUUCCAGCAGGAUCUGAGUGGCACCAAAGAGGAGGCCCUUCGCUUGCUUGUACGCUUGAAGCAGAUGAUCGAUGCUAAGACCACUGAAACAGAGACGACAUCUUUGAACCAGCAAAGGAGAAUUGAUGAGCUUGAAGCACAGCUUCAUGAGGCUGAGGAUAUUAUAACCGAUCUUAGAUUGGAGUUAAGCUGUGUGAGAGAUAAGUUGGAGAAGGUGAAGAACAACCAGGUGCAGCUUUUGAAUAUAAAAAAUUCAAAAGAGGAUCUACAUUCCUACCAAAAUGCAAGCUCUGAUCCCAUCAGAGUCACCCCUCCAAGAUUUGGGAUUAUAUCCAUGUCACUUUCUGAUACGAGGGACACCCUGUUGAGCCAGAGUCCUUUAGACGACAAAUACUGCAACCCAACAACGCAAAAUGAACAAUUGAGCAUCUCUCAUAUAGAUGGAUACUAUACUCAUAACUCUGACAUAGCCUCCAUUAUUAUGAACAGUAAAGAACCUGAGCUCUGUAGAAAUGGUUGCACCCAGAGAAUCCGUGCACUUGACCACAACCUACGAGAUGUAAAAUUUUCUUCUUCAGAAGACGUAGGUCAUCGAUCUUCCCUCAGAAAGAAUGACCUGGUCAUUGGCAAGAGUGCUAAUGAUGAUGGAAAAUGUACAAUAACCUCUUUUAAGGGCAAAAACAUGGGCACCAAGAACUUUCCUGAGGAAGGAGAGCGGAUUCACAUCAAUACCCACACAACAAGAAGAAGAAAGACCCGGUUUGGAAAAGCGAAAUCUACCUCAUGCAGGCCUCGGCCUUUCAAGAAACCUGAUCAAUCAUCUUCUGUCCUUGCUCGCUGCAAAAACAUCAAAUCUGAUGAGUGUUCUAAUACUCAAUGCUCUACAAAGACUGAGAAUGUUGAUAUUGAAAAAAAUUCCAGAAGGUUGGAAGAGCAAUUGCAGCAUAGGAGCAUCUUUUAUGGUGAUAAAAUUGCAAUCAUCCGUAAAAGAAAAAGAAACAGGAAGGUAAAAGUUAGGGAUAUUGUUGCUUUCUCACCACUAUCUCCACAUCAGUUUGCCAAACCUAGUCAACAAUCUUCUGAUCUUACCGGUAGUGGUACCUACUUUAAUUCAUUCCAUGUUGACAAACCUAUUGAAGAUGAGUCAAAGAUGGAUGAAAAUGAGGCUAAGAUAGAGUCAUUAACUCAUCCAGAUUCAGGGUUCACCUUAGUUAAAGAUAAUGCAGAUUCUUUGUCAGGAUCAACAAAUGCUGCAGAAAAGGAUAUUGAAGUAAGAGAUGAACCUAUGUUGAGGAAAGGCGAAUAUGAUGCUAUGGAGAACUCAUUGGUUCCAUCAACAGAGAUAAACCAUGAGACAUUAAAUGUAUCAUUAGUGAAUUCUGACUUGGAAGAUGCCAAAAUAUGUGGAGAAACUAAUGGAUCUUCUAGUAUCACAGAGAAGAAUAGGCCCCUUAAAUACACCUUCCAAAGGAAGCGUAAGAAGGAAUCCUUUAGUGACCCUGAUGAAAACAAGUCUGCUGAGAAGAGCACCGAGAAGAAGAUAAGAGAUGAAAAACAAAUUGGUGGGCAAGAGCCACAAAAAUCUAUUCCAAUAAAUGAAUCAUCAAGGGACAAUCGACGGUUGGCACAAGUUGCUCGUCAGCUCAUUUCUUUGUCUGGGAAAAGAUGGUCGUAAGAUAUCCAACCCUUUUGAGUCAACUCUAUGGGAAAAGACGAGCGUUGGUGUCUAUUAUUCUUCUGUCUUUCUUUCAGGGUAUGUUUGGAUAGAACGAAAUGGAGGGAAAAGAAAAGAAAAUCAUUUUACUUUUGUCUCUUGUUUGAAAAUUUAGUUUUUAAAGUGAGGAUAAGUGAAGAGUUCAAAUUUAAGCCUCCCUUUCCUUUCGAUGCAGCAACAUUUUAGUCAGAGGCUCAGGGCUGCACCUCGUAGGUUGUCAAUUGGCCCUACUUUAUUUUGAAAAAUAAUAUAUUCUGUUAUUUUUAGUAAAAGAUGGUUUUGUAAUAUAAUUCUGGUAAUUUUUAGUUCAUCGUCAUAAAAAAAUUAUAAUUUUAACUC